AUGCCGCUGCAGGACGACACCCUCCGAGAGGUGUGGGCCUCGGACAGGUCCGGAAGUGUCCCCCCCCACCUCAACCUACCUGAACCCUGGGGGGCCCAGGUGGAGGGGCUGGGGAAGGGCAGGAAAAGGGGAGGAAGACAGUCUGAUUCCUUUGCUACCCUCAGCGGACAUGAGGAGGAAGGCUCGGAUAUCCAGCAGCGCCCCAAGCAGCAGCGACCCGCCAAGGGGCAGAAGUUGAGGAAGAAAAGGACGGAAGCCCCUGAGUCCCCCUGCCCCGAGGGAUCCAAGCCCCGGAGGAAACCUGGAGGCGGGCGGGGGGCCGAGCCCGAGGGUGCCCCCAAGGCCGGGCGGAGGGGGAAGCCGCGGGAGGAGCCCGCCCCGCAGCCGCCCGGGGCCCGGACGCCGCAGACCGUCUACACCAAGUUCCUCAGAGACCCCGAGGCCAAACGCGACCCGCGGGAAACCUUCCUGGUAGCGCGAGCCCCGGACGCAGUAGACGAGGAUGAGGAGGAAGAAGAGGAAGACCAUGAAGAGGAAGAGGAAGAGGAGGAGGAGGAAAAGAAAGAGAAAAUCCCUCUGCCUCCCAAGAAGCCUCCUAAAGAGAAGACUUCCGCAGGCAUCAAGGAGAGGAGGGCCAAGGCCCAGGGUCAGAAGGGGGACCUGGGAAGCCCUGUCCCCCCAUCCAAACCUCUUCGAAUGAAGAAGAAGGAGGUACCAGCGGGGGAGGGGACCAAGAUGAGAAAGACAAAGAAGAAAGGGUCUGGGGAGGCUGACAAGGACACCUCAAUGAGCCCGACCAGAGUGACAAAGAAGAGCCCAGCAGCCAUGUUUCUGGUGGGGGAAGAUGGCCCCGCUGAGAAAGCUCGGAAGAAGAAAGGCACUCCCAAAGGCUCAGAAGAGGAGAGGAAGGAGGAAGAGGAAGAGGAGGAAGAAGUGACAAAGAACAGCAAUCAGAAGGGCAAAGCGAAAGGAAAAGGCAAAAAGAAAGCGAAGGAGGAGAGAGCCCCAUCUCCACCCGUGGAAGUGGAUGAACCCCGGGAGUUUGUGCUUCGGCCUGCCCCUCAGGGCCGGACAGUUCGCUGCAAGCUGACCCGGGACAAGAAGGGCAUGGAUCGGGGCCUGUAUCCCUCCUACUUCCUGCACCUGGACACAGAGAAGAAGGUGUUCCUCUUGGCUGGCAGGAAGCGGAAACGUAGCAAGACGGCCAAUUACCUCAUCUCCAGCGACCCUACCAAUCUGUCUCGAGGAGGGGAGAAUUUCAUUGGGAAGCUGAGGUCCAAUCUCCUGGGCAACCGCUUCACCGUCUUUGACAACGGGCAGAACCCGCACCGCGGAGGCAGCACUGAUGUGGGGCGCCUUCGGCAGGAGCUGGCAGCUGUGAUCUAUGAAACCAACGUGUUGGGCUUCCGAGGUCCCCGGCGCAUGACGGUCAUCAUCCCAGGCAUGAAUACGGAGAACGAGAGGGUCCCCAUCCGGCCGCGAAAUACCAGCGAUGGGUUGCUGGUGCGCUGGCAAAACAAGACACUGGAGAGCCUCAUCGAGCUGCACAACAAGCCCCCCAUCUGGAAUGAAGACAGCGGCUCCUACACCCUCAACUUCCAAGGCCGAGUCACACAAGCCUCCGUCAAGAACUUCCAGAUUGUUCACGCCGAUGACCCCGACUACAUUGUACUGCAGUUCGGCCGCGUGGCCGAGGACGCCUUCACCCUAGACUACCGGUACCCGCUGUGCGCCCUGCAGGCCUUCGCCAUCGCCCUCUCCAGUUUCGAUGGGAAGCUGGCCUGCGAAUGACCCCAGCAGCCCCCAGCGCCCCCCAAAGGUGGGGGAAAGGAUUCAGUGGAGGGUUGCAGUGUCUAUUCACCAAAGCCCCCACUGAAGACUCCUCUCUUGUCGGGGGCUGACCCCUCACUGUCUCUGAGUGACCUCCAUCCACUCUCCAGCCUGGCACAGGCCGAGGCAGGGGAGGAGCUCAGACGGCGGUCCGACAGAGAUGAAGAACAUCUGGAGUUGGGAGCCACACAUCUGGUCGCGGAGCUAGCCUGCGCCGCUUCACCAGCCGCCCCCCUUCCCCGCCCCGCGCCCCAGUCACUUCCUGUCCAGGAGCAGUAGUCAGUGUUGUUUUAACCCCCUCCGGGAUCGUACUAGGGCUCCGCGGAGUGGGGCGGGUUCCGAGGAGGGGGUAGGUGAUGGGGGACGAAGACCGGGUACCCACGUCCCCAAUAAAGCCGCGUCCCAGGCCCAGCGAGCAGUGGUUCUUCAGCGCGUGCCGAGAAUUGGGCGGCGGGAGGGGUCCGGAGCGCGGGAGAGGUCCGGAGGGCGGGCUGGAGGCCUCCCUCCCCACACCCCCACCCCGCUCCCGCCCAGGCCCGGGGCACUCCCGCGUCCCCUCCCCCGCGCCCAGCGCCGGUCCUACCGAAACUCGGCGGGCUCGUGGUGUCGAGACGCCCCCCCGCGGGGGCCCCGGGCCGAGAGGGAGGGCCCCGGAGGUCCGGGAAGAGGGGGAAAGGGAGAAAUUCGAGAAA